GGCAGGUGGCGAAAGCCUUGUUGAUGACUGGAGCACUGGGCGUGGAGCACUCAGUGAGGGGAGCUUCUCUUGCCCUCUCACCACCAGCCACAGAUGGGAAGGAAACUGCGGCUGCCGGCACCAAUAGAGGAAUGGGAGCACACAUGCGCAGGCCAGAGCGGAGUGGGCCGGGCUGCGCCACACUCAAGGAGGGGGAAGCCGCCCCCUGCUCCGCCCCCAUCCUCCCCACUGGUGGCAGCAAAACCACAAAGUAGCAGCAGCGCUUCCACCUGCUCCUCCUCGGCAACGGCCACCACCUUCUCCUUCUCAGCGGGGCCCAUGGAAAGUUUGCCCAUGGAAAGUUUGCCUGUGAAAGCGUGGGGCCUUCUACAAAACAAGGAGAGAGGGUUGCCAUGGAGACCAGCUAUACUGGCAUUGUCACCUGCUGAGGAUGACAGACUGGAGCACUGGCAUAGUAAAGCCUGCAAAUGUGAUUGUCAGGGAAGUCCCAAUUCGGUAUGGUCCACUGGAUCUAACAGUCUGGAGUGCAUGCCAGAAUGUCCCUAUCACAAACCGCUUGGUUUUGAGUCGGGAGCUGUUACUUCAGACCAGAUAAGUUGUUCCAGUCCAGAGCAGUACACUGGAUGGUAUACCUCAUGGACUGCAAACAAGGCCCGCCUUAACGGGCAAGGCUUUGGGUGUGCCUGGCUUUCCAAAUACCAAGAUGCUAGCCAGUGGCUGCAGAUUGACCUGAAGGAAAUCAAAGUUAUUUCAGGGAUAAUCACUCAAGGACGGUGUGAUGCAGAUGAAUGGAUGACAAAAUACAGUGUACAGUACAGGACUGAUGAGACUCUGAAUUGGAUCUAUUAUAAGGAUCAGACAGGAAACAACCGGGUUUUCUAUGGAAAUUCAGACAGAUCAUCUUCUGUGCAGAACUUUUUGCGCCCACCCAUCGUCUCUCGCUACGUUCGAUUGAUACCGCUCGGCUGGCACGUGCGCAUUGCGAUCCGGAUGGAGCUGCUUGAGUGCAUGAAUAAGUGCGCUUGACCCAAUCCUCAAAUGAUAUUGCAAGGGAAGUGAUGGGAGGCGUUAGCAAGAUAGAGAGAUACAAUGAAUGAAAAGAGUAGUCUGUAGGGUAGGGUUUUCAUGUCCUAUGCAAAUUAAAAUCAUUUUCCAGCCACUUUCUGCUGUGACCUGUAUCUUCUAACACUUAGAUAGGCUUAAUGGUUUUUUUAAAAGCAAUCUUGAGAUGGGAUCUAGGCCAGUUAAUUUUUCUGAAACCCUGAUCCGUGCUGUAUUAAAUCCACCCCCCACCCACAUUUUAGCUUCUGGUACUUCCUCCCGACCCCCACCAUGGUGUUUACAGGACUUUCCCCAAGCCUAUGAAAUCAGAGAUUGAUCUGUGCAAGAAGAGAUAAAAAUAAAAACGCAUUUUGCACAACAAUGAAAAAGGUUCCUUUGUUGUGAGUCCUCCCUGCACUCCAUCAGCCUUUGCUUAAUUAUUAAGCAAUUAAUAUUAUAAUAUUUUAGGUAUUCAAAAACCCCCGAGAGCUGUUCUCUCCAAAAGCAAAACUCACUGCUCUUCUACAGUGCUUCCAAAAGGUACAGCACAACAAAAAGAAAGAAUGAUAAAGGCCAUCGUUCCAUUCCCAUUUCAUAUGGCUUUCUAAUGAAAUACUGUGUAAAGUUACUACUUUUUACAGAAAGUCUUCCUGGCACAGGAAAAGAUUUGUGAGGAGUUUGCUACAAUUGCCAUCUGGUAUGAGAAAUAGGAGCUUAUUGGAUUGACCAGACCGUUCUUAGAUUAGGAGCCAUCCUUGAACUACAUGUGACUGAGUUGCAUGAAUAUUUUUCCUGAAGGGGUUUCUUUAGCCACAACAGCUGUAGGAAGCUGCAAUGGAAUCAGAAGUUACAGGGUAAAGGAGGGGAGCAUCUACCUUUUACUCUACAGACCAAUUUUUUCUUCUUUCACCCUAUCGAAGAACAGCUCCAAUAAUACAAUAGUAUUAAGUCUUUUAUAGCCAGUCUUGUUGUUUCAAACUUAUAUAAAAUCCAUCAAUAAGGUGCUAGAAUUUUUGGAUCCCUCUUUUAAAAAAAAAAAAAGCAUUACAGCCAUCCUUAUUUGCAGUAAAUAUAGCAAAAUAGAAAUCCUAGUUUGUGUUUACCUAACAGAUUUAAGGGCUGGCAUCCAGACUAGUGUUGUGCUAGUGUAAAAAGAGAAGGUGCACACACAUAAGUGUGCAGAGCUGCACCAAGGUACAAUGUUGCACAAUUGUGGGUUACAUACUAGCUUGUGCAAUUGGGCAAUGCAUUGGGCAAUGCAUUGGGCAAUGUGCCAACAUCUUCUGCUAGUGCAUGAACUAAUCUGGAACAGAUGUUCCUUUCUUCACACCACAUCAUUGCACUGUGCUCUUGCACUAGUGGAGGGGUAGGCAACCUUGGCUUUCCAGCUGUCUGAACUAUAAUUCCCAUCAUCCCCAGUCACAAUGUCUGGGAUUGGUGGGAGUUGUAGUUCAACAACAGCUGGAGAGCCAAGGUUGCCUACCCUUCCACUAAUUCAACAGCAUUUUGCUAGCAUAACAUUAGUCUGGGUGUAGACUGAUGUGUGUCUAAGUUAGUUUGCGGAUAGGAUUACUGUAACUUCUGUACAAUUUAAAUAUGAUGUAAGCACAUAGCAGUGUGUAAAUAAUGCAAUUACUUUCUUAUAUACACAUAACAUUUCUGAAGGGGUUAUCAUCUUUCAAAUGUAAGGGCUUUUCAAAUCAAUUUAAAACGAUACUCAGUAAUAAAGCCAACACUUUUUUGAUGAUUUA